AUCCCAAAUGUUUCUAGCAAUUUUCAAGCCUGGAGAAAUACGUAAUAUUAAUCAAGGUAACAGUCAUUUUCAUUUGGUCAAAGAAAUGCUUGAUGCGGAGGGGAGGAGAGACGAGUUGAGUGUGUGUUGUGUUUGGAGGAGGGACUCCUGGUUCAUCAGUGAAGAAGGAAGAGAGGCAGCGUUAAACCAUCAGAGUCUCAGACAUGGACGUCCACCACACUCUGAUCUGCUUCUUUCUCAUGCUGCAGGAUGUUAAGACUGGGCUCAUUAAUGCAGAAAGACGCGUCUAUACAGGAACUGAAGGAGGAGACAUCACAGUCUCUUGCUUGUUUUUCUUCCAUGGAGAUACGAAGAUCUUCUGUAAGGACACAUGUGGAAAAAAAAGACAUUCUCCUUGAAACAACAGAAGACAGAGCUGCGAGAGGCAGAUACAGGAUUGAAUAUGAAAGAGGGGGUGUUACAGAAAGAUCAACUCUUUAUGUGAGCAUCACACAGCUGAGCAUGUCUGACUCUGGACGGUACUGGUGUCGUUUGGAAAGAAUUCUUCUAGAUGGAUACAAGGAGUUUGAGAUCAGAGUCAUAGAAGCUUCAACCACUUCAAAACCAAACUUGACUCUACGACCGUUGUCAACUUCACUCCCACCAUCCUCCACACUGACAACAACAACACAGAGUUCAGGCUCCAGUGUAGGAAGCUCCACACAUUCAUCAGCCUCUGAAACCACCAAUCAGCCCGAGACAUCACCUGCAGGUUCAGCUGUGCAGCUGUAUGUGGGCCUGGUCCUGGUUUUCAUGAUCACCGUAUUAUCAGUGGCAGUGCUAAUAUUCUGCAGGAACAGGGCUAGUAAACCCAGAGGACCUCCUUCGGAAACUGAGUAUGCUAAGGUCACAAAGGACGACCGAGUGUACGAGGAGGUGAGAGAGGAGAACAGACAGAGCAGGGCUCCUCCUGUGGAAGUGUUUACGGUUUACGCCUGCACCAAAUACACCAAACCGAACGCAGUCGAAACCACAGAUGACUACAGCUUGGUGACUGCCGCUGCAGCCACGUCUCAGAACCAAGCCGAAGACGGUGAAGUCACCUACUCUAACUUACAUUUUCCCAACGAUGCAGCCCAUGUAGGUAAUGCUGAUAAUGGUGUCUACUCUGUCAGCCACGCCAAGGAUGCUUCCGCUCUGUAUUCUACUCUCGCUUUACAUUAGCAGUUGGCACAUUCGCUUUCUCAGGGGCCAACAGGUGAACACAAUGUACUUUUAAUGAGUUAAUAUUCAAGUUACAUGAGUAAUAAUUUGGGAUUCAUACUGUCUCAGUUACUUAGGAAAAUCCAGACUUCACUGUCAACAGUUUUCAUUUACAACUUGCAAAGUAUGACAGGCAGCCGCUGUAUAAUUGUGAAGACUCACUGAAAACAGGUGAUAUGAAGUGAAGUUCAGUCCUGUUCAUUUUCUCUGGGACACAAGAGAAUAACUUCUCUCACAGGUGACAUGAAAAAAUGUAACUGCACAUGAAGGGUGACAUUUCCCUGGAGGCUCUGUAGUUGGGGUUUACUUUUUCAAGUGCAGAUAAAAAUCAGUGAAAGGACACGACAAUUAUUGUAGGUACUUGUUUUGUAUGUCCCUGACUUAUAGAUCACAGAUAUGAACAAAAACAGAGUGGUGCUGAAAGCUGUCCACAUGGGUAGAGUCUAGGGAUGUUUUUUUUUACAUUUCUUUAAAAUUAUUUAAGUGAAGUCAAAGUAUUCCUUCUGUUAUUUAAAUUAUUUUGGUAUUUGGGUUAAGUAAACAGUUAACUAUUUCUGUUAUAGCUAAUUGCUUAUUAAUUGUUCUUGGUAAAACAAAUGUCAGUAGGUGACCAAGAGGUGGAGAUGAGACAUUUCUAUUAGAUUGUUUAUUGCAUCUGCACAAAUGUAUCUAUUUUGUUACUGCUGUUUUAUACUGUAUUUAUGCUACUUGAAAAAUAUUUUAAAUCCCUUUUUAAAAAUUAAAGUUGUUUUUAAUGGUAGUAAAAUAAAUAUCAAUUAUGUAACUAGUGAUGGCAAAGUGGGGCUUAGAUACAGAUCAACCAGUCGAGCCUCAAUUUAAAGUUUUAAUUAAGAGCAGCUAAAUCAUAAUGUCCUCUGAGGGUUUUCUUUUUGUUCCAGUAUUCAAGUGGAUAUAAAUAAAAACAAAAGAAUAAAACAUCAGAUUUGAAAGUGA